UGCGCGGUUCAAAAUUUGAAAACAGUGUUUGUCCACUUGGGGGUUUAGGAGGGUUAGGCGGGUUUAAACGGGUUUAAGAGGGUUUAAACCUGCCGAUGAGCGUGGGAAGUCCGGCAGGAGGUUUACCGUCCACAGUGGCAUCGACGAGAGACUAUGACAGACGAGUUUGACUGGAGUUUGGGUUUGUUUUGUUUUUCCAACAUGCGAGUCGCUGACUAACGUUCAUUGCAUUAAUGAAAGGUAAAGAAAGCCGAAGGAUAUAUGAGUUAAGGUGAGAAGAGAACUAACUGAUUAGGUAACUCAUCCCCCGGCGAAGCGAGGAGUCCGCGAUGGAAGCGCACGGAGCCUCACCUGGGAUCAGGUGCGCGGUCCAGGUGCCCAGAGCGCCCUGUAUCGACGACUUUGUGGUGGUGAAGCCCGUCAGCCGUGGAGCAUUUGGAAAAGUCUUCCUGGCCAGGAAGAAGAGCAACUCAAAGCUGUACGCUAUAAAGGUGGUGAAGAAGGCUGACAUGGUGGAUAAGAACAUGACUGAUCAGAUGCGGGCCGAGAGAGACGCGCUGGCCCUCAGCAAAAGCCCAUUCGUCGUGCAUUUGUAUUACUCUCUUCAGACGGCAAGCAAGGUGUAUCUGGUUAUGGAGUACCUCAUUGGUGGAGACGUGAAGUCGCUGCUCCACAUCUAUGGCUACUUUGAUGAGGACAUGUCGAUAAAAUACAUUUCGGAGGUGGCUCUAGCAUUGGAUUACCUGCACCGACAUGCAAUUAUUCACAGAGAUCUGAAACCUGACAACAUGCUCAUCUCCAACGAAGGCCACAUUAAACUAACCGACUUCGGCCUCUCCAAAGUGAAGCUCGACCGAGAAUUGAAUCUCAUGGAUAUACUGACGACACCCUCCUUGGCAAAACCAAAUAAAGAUUACUCCAGGACACCGGGUCAGGUCUUGUCCUUGAUAAGCUCCCUAGGUCUUAAGAACACUCCGGCGAUGGACAGGAAGCGUGUCAGCAGUGCCCUGGCCAGCCCCAGAUCCUGUCAGAAGGCUGAUCAGAGCAAGGGUUCCUUCUGCUCCCCUCUGCUGGCGAGAAAAAGGGAACUCUUGCAUUCACCCAGCUGUCCCUCCCGCGCCCUCGGAGCCAACAGCGUCUUCAGUCCAAGCGCGCUGGCUAAAAGCCUGACGCCGAGGCUGCUGAAAUCCAGGAAGCGGUUCGAGGCGUUAAGUGCGGGCAGCGCCCACUCCGGGCUAUUGCGGUCCACCACUGACUCUGAGAGCUGCAUCAGCCCCCUGUGGGAGGACGAGGGGAAGUUUGAAAGUGACAAGAACCUCCUGCCCCCAAAUGGAGAGGAUGUCGUACUCAAGGCUGACCAGAAGCCUCCUGCUUCCGGAAGAAAAACGCCCAUUAAAAUACCGUUUCCAGGAAAGAAGACUCCGCUGAGGCCCCUUCACAACCUGGAUCCGAGGUCUUGGUCUCCUUAUGAAGAACACCUGGUACCAGUGGACCUUAGAAAUGCCACAUCAGAUAUUCAGUCGGGAAAACACCUUCACUUUACUGAAGCUGAUGACCUUGUCAGUUCUAAGGCUAAGAUUCCUCAUGAACUGCAACUUGGGAACAUUGGCACAAAGCUUGAGAGCAGAGUGUGCCGCUCUCAGGAGAAGGUGUCUGGCCUGAAGCCAAGCACCUCGGCGAAACGCCAGUUCGCAGAGGUUGAUAAGAGUCCAGAGCAAGCUGAUGUCCAAGCCAAGAAGACUAACGUUCAGUACAGGCGGGGUUUUCCCAUUCCAAGUGAUCACGCGGAAGCCCAUACAGGUCUGACCAGAAUUUUCUCCACCGUUGACUUGGGAAGUGAGGGAGCACUGUGGAAAAAGGCAGGUCUGCUGGAGGGGGUUGGCCCUAAACAAUCCAGCCCCACCAACGUGGCCAAGAAUCUCCUGUGUGAGCUGGACGAGCCUGCUGAGACCGGCAGUGCCGCUGGAGGGUCCAGCUUUGCCUCCUCGCCUGGUGCCGACCGAGAGCUGAGGAGAAGUGUCAGCCUGGACUCGGACAACUCAGUCAACGAACUGUCCGCGAUCGUGACUACGCCCCCUCCGCGUCAGCCCAAACCUCUGCCAGCGGAGGAGCUGAGCAAAAAUGAGGUAUCCACUGCGGUCCCGCGGCAAGCAGAGGCCGUCGAGACGCCGGCGUCCUGCAAGUGGCUCGGGCCGGAUGGUGGCGGGGCGCCACUGGACUGCUCGGUGCUGGGGCAGCCCGCUGUUCACUCCAGCAGCAUGGUCCUGUCGCCCCUGUUCCUCAAGCCCCGCAACGUGGUGGCGUUCAGAAGCUACUGCAGCUCCAUCAACCGCUCCGCCAGCUCCUGCUGCUCCCGCCUCAGCCUGGCCUCCGUGGAGGCCAUGGACGUGUCCAGCUCCUUCAACAGCGCCUCCACGGCUGUCACCCCCGUGCAGAGGAAGAGGUCUAGUCUCGUCAGCUCCCUUUACCAGACUCCACAGCCGAUGACCUUGUCUCAUACCCCUUAUCGAACACCCAAGAGUGUCCGCAGAGGUCGGGAGCCGGUAGAGGGCGCCUCCAUACUAGGGACCCCUGACUAUUUGGCUCCAGAACUUUUACUGGGCAAAAACCACGGCUCUGUGUGUCGGUGUGACUUCAUGGUGGACUGGUGGGCGCUGGGAGUGUGCCUGUUUGAGUUCUUAACGGGAGUGCCGCCGUUCAACGACGAAACUCCUCAGCUCGUCUUCCAGAACAUUCUCAAUCGAGAUAUUCCAUGGCCGGAUGGAGACGAGGAAUUGUCCCAGAAUUCCAGGAAUGCGAUUGAGAUUCUCCUCACUAUGGAUGCAAGCAAACGUGCAGGUCUGAAAGAGCUGAAACGGCACCCGUUCUUUGUGGGUCUGGACUGGGAUCAGCUCCAGAACCAGCCCAUGCCCUUCAUCCCACAGCCGGACGACGAGACGGACACCUCGUACUUUGAGGCGAGGAACACUGCCCAACACCUGGCUAUGUCCGGCUUCAGCCUGUGACUCGGACACACACGCGCGCAUGUUCAGGCCCACGCAGAAGUGUGCGGACGGUCACGUGACACAUGGGUCAUGCACGUUAGAGACUGCUGAUGCAAUCACUACCAAGCUAUAAUCUUUACUCCUGUAGAAUCUCUCGUUCGUAAAUUUUCUCAACGCGUCGCAGUUUCAGUUCGGAUCACUCGCGAGUCAGUUAGUGACUGAUCCUAAAGCACUGAUCAGUGUGAAAUCUGCAAGCUUGUGGAGGAAAAGAACUAAUACCUUUUACGAAAUCAGUUUUUAUCUAAUAUGCAUGUGUGCACAUUAAAGGUCGUGAAAACGGUGCUCAGUGUUGCGUCGUGGCCUUGUUCCUCAGGUCAAGGUCACAGUGCCAGACUUGCUACAGCUCUUAAGUUUUAUCUCCGCUGGGGUGUGGGGGUGAAACCCCACUGUUAUAACGCUACUGGAUGGAUCAGAAGGUAACAGUGCGUGAAGGAACUCGAGUCUUUCAGAUAAGAUGGUUACUGUUUAAUGUCUCCAAUUUUUUAUGUACUUUAGUCAAUCCUGUUUCAUGGUCUAUUUAUGCAUUUAAAUAAUGUGUGGGAAGGGAUAAAAAAAAUACAUUUUAUGAUGACCUUUUACUGUG